UUGAAUUAAUUUUAAUAGUAAUUUAAAUAGUCUUAGCACGCGAUGGAAAUGUAUUACACUUAUAAUAUUUUAACGCGUUAGAAUAGAAUUUUCUAUUCUAUUCUAAAUUAAAAAGUUUCUAAAUAAUUUUAAAAAUCAAUUUUCUUUUUUUUUUUUUUUCUUCGAAACUUUUUAAGACGAUUUCUUUUUUUUCUUUUCUUUUCUUUCUCUUUUGAUUAUAAACUUAGAUACUUUUAGCUCGCCAUUUACUCUUGAAAUAUUAUUUAUGGAAAUGUUUUGCGUUGUUUUAUGUUCAACUAUUUCAAAAUAAUUAAUAAAUUAUACAUGCAUACAUAUAUAUAUAUAUAUGUGUGUGUGUGUGUGUGUGUGUGUGUGUGUGUGUGUGUGUGUGUGUGUGUGUGUGUGUAUAUGAUAUGUACCGUCUAACAAGUUUGCAUAUCGCUAAUUAUUUCAACGAGAAAUUUGAUACAGGUUAAUAGUAGACGUUCACCGUAACUCAUGUUUGCGUAGUUCUUAUUUAUUAAACGUAAAUAUUGUUAAUUAAUUUCAUAAUAAGUUGACGAAGUAAAUGUUUGAUAUGAAUAAAAGGAGAAUCAAGAUCAAAGGAGAAGUAAUGGAAAUUCUUGUGUAUUCAAUGUUUUCUCAUUGAAUACACGAAUAUGUGGUAUUUAUUUCUCUUUCUUUUCUCUCUCUCUCUAUCUCUCUCUCUCUCUCUCUCUCUCUCUCUCUUUCUCUCUUAGUUCAAUGAACGUCGGAAUGUUUUUCAAGUUGUAGGAGUGGCUUCAAACACGAUCUUAUAACGCGAGGAGAUGAAUGGCAUCGAUUCACGAAUCAUUUUUCGCGUCGCUAAUUACAAAUUAUGAGAUCCCUUGGAAGAGAUGAGUGAGAGAGAGAGAGAGAGAGAGAGAGAGAGAGAGAGAGAUGAAGAUGGCUAAAGAAUUUGUGUGUAAUUAUUGUAUCAUACUUAAUUUGUUUUAUUUGUAAAAUAUUCUCAUAUAUUUAUCGUAUAUGGGAAUAUGUAUCUAUGUACAUAAAUGUAUUUUUAAUAUUUACGAUUACUUUUUUACGAAUGCCUUGGAAAUUAUCCAAAAAUAAUUAUUUUAUGAUCUCUUUAUAAUUCAAAGUUAUUAAGAAUAUCGAUAAAUAAUGAUAAUUAUAUAUCACAUGACCAUUACCUAUAACGUAUUGUUUUUUGUCGACCAAUAAGAUGAUUUCUUAUAAUUUAAAUGAGCGAAUCUUCAUGUAAAUUCUCGAUAUCUAUUGAACGAUAAUAUAUAUUAAUACGCUAAACGUUGUAAAUAUAUAUUUGUUAAGUUUAUACUGAUUUUAGUUAUAAGAGUACAGAAUUCGGACACUAGUUUUUUUUAUUAUCAUCGUAAAAUGGAAAUACUUGUCAUACGAAAGGCAAAAUUUAUUAUAUCGUCUGUUAUUAUUUUCAUUUACCACGUAUAGAACAUUGCAUACAUACUUAUGUAUGUAUGUGCGUACAUACAUGAGACACAAGGGUGUGCGAGUGGAUACUUCCGUUCUUACAUACGCAUUUGUUCAAUCGAUCAUUUAAGAGGGGAUAUGACAUUUCAGUAAGUAAUUGUUAAUUAGUAAGACGAGGAAUUCUUCAAUCUUAUAAAACAAUCAUUUCAACAGUAUUUCAUAACAAUAAUUUAUUUUAUUUGAAAUUAUAAUUAUACAAUUAUAUAUACAUUUUAUCAAAGUUUUCAUUUUUUGCCACUUAGCGGCGCCACUGCCUACGUCACAUAUUCAAAUAUACAUACAAUAUCAUUUAUGUGGCUAUCUUCAAAGAUUACUUGCCUAUAUAUGUACGUACAUGUUAUUUCGAUCUUGAAGAUUUUUGUCCUAUCAAAAACAAAUACUUAUCAAGAUCCUUUCUCAACGAUAUUAAAUGCGUUUAGAUUAAAAAUUUAGAAUUUUUAUAAUGUUCAACAUUGAUACAUCUGCGAUUGAAAAUAAUUCUGAAAGAAGCAAAAGGAAAUACGUUCCAAAAAUUAACGGUUAUCGUCGUGGUUUACAUUCCGAUUUACCAGCUUUGGAACAUUUAAUAUCGGUUAGAACUUAUGACAUAUUUGGAGACAUCGAUAUUGGACGAGUAUAGUAAUUGACGACGAUCAUAUAUAUUAAUAUCUAUUAUGAUAUAUAUUAAUACCUAAUUUUGUUUUUAUAAAAAUAUGCUUAUUUGAGCGAUUUUUAAAUUUCCCGCUAGUACAUAACAUUCUCUCUCUCUCUCUCUUUCUGCGACGAUUAAAAUUGAAUGAAAAAUUUAUUAUAGCGAAUCUUCCUGUUUCACUAUAAUUCAAUAUAACGAAAAAGGAGAUAUUAUUUCGGGAAUAUUCCUCUGCAAUUAUCCUAAUAUUCCAUCGAUUCCAAAACAAGAAUGGUUUAAUUGUUUAAGAUUACAUUAUAACAUCGAUGACAUUAAAGAAAAUGAAACGUUGUUCGUUCAUUGUCUUGUUUGGGACGAUCGUUAUACUGAAAAUUUUUUCGAGUGUCUUCUUGUCGCUUUAUUCGACAUGGACGUCCAUUGUUUUAACGUUAUUCUAGUGCUUCCACCUCAAAUCGAACCAGAAAAUUCUUUCACAAAUCACAUGAUCAGAAUAGUUCCAAUUGAUUUCAAGGAUACUUUUUUAGUACAAGCUUUGUACAUAAGUACACGAUACAGUAUCAUUCCAAGAUUAAAGAUUCGUCGUGCUGUGGAGGAAGAUAAUGACGACAUAAUACCGAUAAUCGACGCAGACUCGUCCUAUGUGAAGGAAUUGUACGGGGAGUAUUACAUAAGCGAAAUGACUCGAUAUCCGGACGGUCACCGUCAUUUAAUCGUAUCCGAGGACGACAAUGGUUUAGCUACCGGAGUGAUCUGCGUUAAUUCGACAAUCGAUGUCGAUCUUUUAAAUGAGAAUUUUGAAUUGAAUAUUUAUGGUGGACUUAGGAAAACCCAUGAAACAGAUCAGGAUCGAAAGAUAUUAAAAAAAAAUGCAAGCGAGAUUUUAUCCAAAAUUUUUACUGACAAAAUUUUUCAGGAUAUAUUCUUAGACAAGUCGAAAUAUGAGCAAAAAUCAAAUGCAAUCGAUGAGGAUAAACUUGAGAUUGAAAUGAGUUUCGUGGAUGAUGAAACUCAUAUAAAUAGUUCGAAAAAUGUAGAAUCUAUCAAUAUAAGAAUAGAUGCAGAAUAUCAAACUGUUGAUAAUGAAAUCGAAGAAGUUGAAAAGAAAUCGUUUUCUAAAGAAAACAAACACGUCCGUAUCAGUGACGUUGUUUACGACGAUGAACUAAUUCUAGUACAUAUCCUUCUAUUCACUCUUCAUUUUAUUUUCAAUAUCAAUCAAUAUAUCUGUCCUUUAUAUCUUCAGAAUAAAGAAAAAAAUUCAAAAAAUACGAAUGAAAUCCAAUCAUUAUUACGUAAAACAUCAUUGAAGAAAGAAACUUCUUAUCAAGAGUCGAAAGAUGAAGAUCCUCUGGAAUUUAUUAAAAAUUCCGAACAAAAUGAUAGACCGUCGAUUUCUAAUCAGUUCAAUGUUAACAUUAUGUUCGAAGAUGCGAUACUUCAAGUACCAAAGAUACAUCAGGGAACAUCAACGUUGAAUUUCGUCGAAUCAGAACCGACUCAUAUGAAACAAGAUAUUUUGGUGGAUUCCAUUUAUCAAGGCGAAAUUAAUGCAUUCGUUGUAGAGAUUUUUGCUAUACGAAAAGAUAUUGGCAAUCGUGGGACGCGAGAAUUUUUGGAAGCUGCUUUUGAAUGUUUCCCUAAUUUAGAUUACUGUGUAUUACUUUUACCAUCAGCUUACUCAUACUUUUCCUUUUUGGAACAAUUCAUGCACGUACCAUUGAGGUAUAACAAAGACUUUCCUAUGUCUUUGUACGUGGCUCACAAGGCAAUGCUUUUCGGAGAAAUUAGAUCUCACAAAGCUGAUUUAUCCGAUCAAGCUGAAGUGAAACAAUUUUUAAUUGACAUUCCAAAAAGCAAGAAGAUAAUGGAAGAUUUUUAUCGAUCUGUAAAUCAAAAUAAUAACGAUGUUUAUAGUUAUAUUUUCACAUCUGAUAAUAUUAUCAUUGGCUUAGCUAUUGUUUGCAUUGAGAAGGAUCAUCAAGAGAUUAAAAAACAUUAUCACGUAGAAGACUUUAUUGUGAGACAAUAUAUUUUUCACGAAGCUUAUGGUUGCCUCUUACAUUUUGUUCUAAUGCCAAUAUUUUCGAUAAAUCAGAAAUUCUUUUUCUGCGAGAUCAUGCGACUAAGCGACUUUACGGUUCUUUAUUAUCGUCUUUACGAGGGAGAAGGAAGUUCACUUACUCGAACUCAGCCAAUAGUUUCUUGUUUAAAUACUAUGGUACCAGUGAAUCCACGUAGAAAAAUAAAAUACGAAUUUUGUACUUGCCCCAAGAUGAAUGAUGAGAUUAAUGAACUUAAAAAAAAGAAAAACAAAGCAUUUUCACUUUUUAUGACAACACCAAGAAUCGCCACGAUACCAAAUCGGAUAAUUGACACGAAGAUAGUCGUCGUAGGUGCUUCCGAUUGUGGCAUAGCUUUCAUUGAAUUUUUAGCAUUAGGAUAUCUACAAAAUUUUGUCCACUUUACAAAUCUCACUUUGAUUUCACUGAAUGGAUUACCAUAUGAAAAGGAAUAUAAUGAUCUUAAGUGGGAUAUGAUCCCAUUUAAGGGAAGAUAUUGUCGUGAUUAUCGGUAUCUUAUCACAAGACGUGCUUGGAUUAAUGUCGUUUACGGAACAUUGCAAGCGAUUAAUAGGAAGGAUAAAUACGUGACUGUAAUGGAUCAAGGAAACUUGAGUUACGACUUUCUGAUCUUAACUUGCGGUCUCCAAUACCAAAAGACAUUGUUCGUGAAUAAGAAAAUGCAGGAAGACAAGGAAGCUGAUAUCAUAAAAUCAGAUAUAAUUUGGAAUUGUUUGACUAUAAACGAUGAUAUAGAAGCAUUCGUUUCAUUGAAAAAAAUUCAAUCAGUAACAAAUAAUUUCAAAGAAAAAAAGGCUAUUGUGUUUUAUGGACACAAUAUCGAUUGUUACUGCGCCAUUCAUGGAUUGAUAAAACAUGGAAUGAAAGGUUCUUGGAUCACUUUGAUCGAACCUAAAUUAAACCUAUGUGAUACUGACAAUAAUUUUUUUCAUAAUUGUGAAGUGAAUACAACUAUAAAGAAUUCUGUUCUGGAGAAUGAAAUAAACCUUCUUUUGGGAUGGAAUGUAAUUAAUUGGACAUUGUUAGAGGAAUAUAAAGAUAAUAAAAGAAUUGAAUCAAUCAUUAUAAGAUCAGGAGCUAAUGUCGAAAUCGUUCCUUGUGACUUUUUUUUCAAUUUUUAUGACAAAGAGAUUGAUAUCAAUUCUUUUUUAGCAAUUUGUCGUGCUGGUUUAGUAUUCGACGGUCGUCUGGUGAUAAAUCCUCAAUUUCGUACAAACGAUCCAUUUAUAUUCGCAGCUGGAACCAUAACCAAGUACUCAAGAAAAUUUCAAGCCGAAUUGUUCGAGCAUAAGUAUUAUAACAGUAUAGAGAUUGGCGAAAAACUUGGUAAAAUUAUUCGCAAAGUGGUAGAUGUCUAUCAAGAAUGUAAAGGAAAAUACGAUAAUUUUGACAGAAAUAAAUCGUGCUUGUUAUUACCGGAAUUUCGAUCACCAAUCAUUGUAUCCUGUAUGUUACCUGGUAAUUUUCAUUAUCUUUACGUCACCAAACCAGGAAAGAAGUUACCUCGUGACAUUGUUUUAAAACAAUCUCUUUAUGGCGAUGUCAUGGUGACAGGUAACUGCUUAUCCGAAAUUGGUUAUUUUCGUUUACGUAUGAAUGUUCGGAACAUCGUAGAAUCAAUAACUUGUUGCAGUAAAAAGAAUUUCGAAAUAAAUCACUUGAUCACUUUAUACGGAAAACACGACAGUAUGUUAAACGAAGUUAAAUAUCGUUUCAGAAAUUCCCUUAUCUUGGACUUUUAUGCAUACUUCCGGGAGCCAUGGGCCAUGGCACUUUUUAACGACAGAUUCGAAUGUUUGCGAGUCGAAAAUCGUGCCACUUUAUUAUCCAAAACGAAUGUUUCCGGUGAUUCCUUAGUCGAAGAUUGCUUGCGUGCUUUGUUAAAAUCCAAAACGGGAGAGAUAUCAGAAAAGGAUCGUGAUUUAAUAAGAAAGAAAUAUAUUGGAUCUGUUUAUCAGCAAGAAAUAGAAAAUAGUGUCGUAGAUUUUUUACAAUUUUCGGAAGAAGAAUUACCUGUUUAUUGUACACCUCAUUUUAUGCGAUGGUUGUAUGCUGAUAUCGAAUCUAGUCCAUUGUUUUUUGAACAAUGAAAUAAUAUUUUGUUCGACAAUACAUGAUAGUUAUUUUUUUUAUUUUUAUAUGUAAUAUAACUAAGA